AUUUGUUCCUCACAACCCAAGAUGGCAAUGUUCCGGGCUUCGAGACAUGGAUUAAUAAGGAUGGGAACUUCACCAAAACCCAGCUCGGAAGUAUACCAGAAAAUGUAAAGAAAGUUGGCCAGUCUUCUUUUGUCGACUUUGAUGGAGAUGGGUUCCAGGACCACCUUCUCCCAGUGUGUCUGGACGAUGUAUGCCAGAGGAGUGCCAUCUACCUUUCUAAGCCCGGGGAACCUGAGUGGCUGCCAGUCCUGACAGACUUCCAGAGGAAGGAGACUCUCUGGGGCUUCGUGCCCCCCCAGACCACCCCUCCUGCUGGGGAGCUCCACAACCCCAUCACCCUGCACCUGGGAGACUACAACAUGGAUGGCUUCCCUGACGCCCUGGUCAUCCUGCGCAACACCAGCGGGAGUGGUCAGCAGGCCUUCCUCCUGGAGAAUGUUCCGUGUAACAACGCCAUGGCAAGGAUGUGGGCCGAUGUUCGUGGUCCACUGGGACCAGUCUGA